AUGGAGCGACUCCCCACAUCAGAGGAACUUCACAAAGGAGGAGGGGCCCGCCUGAGUAGGGCGAGCUCGACAGCUCGCGCCGGCGAACAACCACGAUCCUUCAUUCAGGCAAACCAACCAAUCUACACCAAGACCCCUGAAAGACGUCCCUUCGGAGGGACGGGAGCCGAUAGCGCCAAGAUUAUGCAGGAGCUUAGACACAGAGUACAAAACCUUGAAAGAGAGCUGGCUGCGAGGAGUCGAUCCCACGGAGACAUCAGCCGAUCCCACGGAGACGUCAGCCGAUCCCGCACCCGCUCCCCCUCCCGAAGAUACGAGAGCCGAGAAAGGAGUUCAACAAAGCACAAAGAUGAAGUGUAUACGCAGGCGACCUCCCGGUCUACCCGAGGUAGGUCCAAAAGCCACGGGGAGUCCCAAAAGGGAAAAGCCAAGGAAACGGCCGGAACCCAUUAUCAUGGGAGCCACUCCUUUCCACCCCUCGAUCCUCAAGGUCCGGCUUUCGAGGAAUUUCGAUAA